AAUCUUCUAAUACUAUCGUUCAAAAUAUAGAACACUUUUUUGAUACUCUUAAUUUUGCUAUCUUAGAGUCAGACUAUAGUGACAUAGAUAGAAGCAUAUACAAAGAUUUUUUACUAGAAGAAUUAGAUUUAGAAUUAAGUAAAAUAGAUAUGACAAAACAAGAAUUUGAAGAAAUUAAUUAA